GUUUCCUGUGUCUGGCAUGGCGGGCUGGUUGCUGGUUGAAGGGAGGGAGGAACGCUCGUAGAAAACCCGACUGACACGCCAGCCUCAGCCGAGCAGCAGCCAGGCAAUUACAGCGGCGACGUAUCGAGAGAGGUUGGCUACCGAAACUAAUCAAAAGGGCCGUCCAGCACCUGAACCAUCAAUCGGGUUUAUGAGUAAAGGCGAUCAAUCAGGCGGCCGUUAACCUUCGGAAGAAACGCGGAAGUGUAAUUCAGCGUCAGCGGCUUUUUUUUUUUUUUUUUUGACUUAUUAUCGGUGACAACAUGGCUGAAUGUAACGUUAGCAUCGACCAGAAAAAACUACCUGGAGUGAAAGAGGUGUGCCGAGACUUUGCUGUACUGGAGGACCACUGCCUGGCAUACAACCUCCAGGAACAAGAGAUUGAGAGCCACUUGGCAUCCAAUGUCCAUAAGAGCCGUCUAGUGCAGAAGGACCUGCAGGUGGCCAAGAAACUGCAAGAGGAGGAGGAUGAGAGGGCCAAGGUCCAGAACCAGAAACAACAUGUUGACAUUGAACGACAAGACAAUGAGAUUGCCCAAGAGAUUCAGGAACAACUGGUCCGACAGGCCGAACAACAGCGACAGCAAGAAGAGAAGGAUGCAGCCAUUGCUCGUAAGCUACAGGAGAAGGAGAUGAAAGAGGAAAGGAGGAGACAGAAGCAGCUGGAAUCAAACUUUGAGGAGGAGUAUUUUGAAGAUCACGGAGCUUCAAGAAGAUCCCUUGACUUGGACAAACACACCCAUCAUAAAUCAACUUCCCCUGGCCGAAAUGAUGCAUAUGCCCCAGUGAGCUCGCAUCGUGAUCGUGAUUGCUCUCCAGAUUAUAGUUCAACUGAGCCUAAAAGGAGCAGGUACCCAAAACUGGACUCUGCAGCCCCCCAUAGCCAUUCCAGAUACCCUGAGCACUACCUAGUGGCAGAAGGAGGGCGCAGCAGACAUGCUGAUCCAUACCCAGAGCACCUGUUGCCCUCCAGAGGCAAAAAUGGUGACAGGUAUCCAGAAUAUGAACCAACACAGACUGGAAGAGGCAGGUACCCAAGAGAGGACGAUACAGAGAGAGUGGUGAGAAGGAAAGAGAGACCAGCUAGACCACCUCCACCACAGUAUCCCAAUGAAAGAGACAAGGCCAGAGACAGAGAAAGAGACAAGCAUCAUGAAAGAGAUAGAAGCAGAGAAUGGGACAGGCACACGGGAAAAGACCACAGAAAAGACAGGGAGCAGGACCUGAAAUAUGCCAGAGCAGACGGACGAGAUAGAGAAAGGUCUAGAGAUAGAGGACUGAGUGCAGAGAGACAGAGAGAGAGAGAAAGACAAAAAGACAAAGACAGAAAACGAGCCAGAGACAAAAGCAGAGACAGGGGACUUGAAGAAGACGUUCUAGAGCCGGGACACAGCAGGAACUUUCCAAGGGAGAGCAGGGCUUCCUGGGAGGAGGAAGAUGAUGGUGAGAGGGAGAGGAGGGCCAGGGGACGGGAGCGUGUCCACUCUGACCCCAGAGAGGUGUUUGAUGAGGUCCAAGUGAGAGGCGACACAGAAGAGUUUAUGUCCCCCCGACAGGGUGAGGGUCCUGGCAGAGAACACAAUCGUAGCCAUCUCAACGGAGAGACAGACAUCGCCUCUGGGUUUGGUGAAAGUCGUAUAGUGCACCGAGGCAGCGGAGCAGUAGUAGCAGAGACUAAGUAUGGAGUGAGCGAGGCCACCAAGGGUUUAACGAAGCUUGAUAUUCGCGAUCAGGAGCUGAUUGACAUGGAGGUGGCCAAAAAACUGCAAGAGGAGGAAAUCAAGGCAAGCAAGAUGCAUGUGCGUGCAGCCCAAGUGGCACAAGACGAGGAAAUCGCCCGACUGCUGAUGGAACAAGAGAAAAGGGAGUACAGGAAGAAUCGGGAGCGAGAGAAAGAGAAGGAACGAGAGAGGGAGAGGCUGGCCAUGGAGAGGAGGCGACCAGAGGGAGACUACAGGCCAAAUCCAGAGGAGGUUGUCCGGCCCCGAACACGAGAGGAGUAUGAAUACCAGAGGCAGAAGAACCACAACAAGCCUGCCAGACCUCCUCAACCUCGUACUCAUGACUAUGAGAAUGUGAACCCGGGCUAUGUCUAUUCAGAGCAUCCUGUUGCCCCUCGCGCUCCCACCAGACCUGAGGCUGCUUACAAAGGUGCCUAUUAUAAGCGGUGACUCAGACUCUCCACCUUGUCCAGACAUGCCGUCAGUCCUUCUUUUUUCUCAUUUUAUUUUAUUUUUAUUUAUCUUUUUGUUGUAAACCAUUGAACUCUGUUGACCAAAAGCCUUGGGACAAUCCAGUGAGUUGCAAUGGAAUUAUUUUUUUUAAUACUCUCUAAAAUUGGCCCAGAGCUGAACAAGUGGGUCUGGGAGUGCUGGAACCACACUCACGUUUUCCUUUCUUUUAUUUGCAAAUUCUUUUUAACUGACUUGACAUUAAGACUCGCCAAAGGCCUUGUGACAUAAACUCCCAUAAUUCUUAGCUGUUGAAUUCGAGGAAACUGGAUCCUCACCACCUGUUGUCAUUGUGUCAUACUGUUUAUCUCAUAUUGGACCGUGCCAUCACAAGGGCUGAAGGCCUCUGCUGGAUAUAACCAUGUAAUGUCAGAUGUCCUCAUGACUCUUCAUGGAACAUGCCUGUCUAGUCCAACAUGGCUGCUACAGUGUCUUAGAUUACACCAUGACAGCUGCUUCCUUCAGCCAUGCUCUUGUUAUUCUGUGCAAACAAACGGGCUUCACAGGCCCUGUCCAUGUGCCACAUCGCCAAUGACUCUGGAGGAGUACGUUUCUGUUGCUCUAUUCAAACAAACAAAAAAAAAAGCUUUCAACACGGUGCGGGUAGUGCUGGCUUUGACAUGCUUACCACCUUGUUCCCGUGCACAGGAGGUGGAACUUUGUGGAGAUCCACAGAACUUUAACUGGCUGUAGGCUGUCUUUCUCUGCUUGUGAGGGCCACUUUUUACCCACUUUUUAACUCUUCAACUGAAAGUGGUAUGACUGUAUAUGACUCACUGUUUCUAUGUGCAUGCUUACUGAGAGUACUACAACCGUGCACAUGCAUUUCAGCUCUAUCAAAUUAUCUGGCUCUCUGUUUAAUAUCAGAAAGGGCUAAAGCCACAAACAGCUAAUCGUUGUGAAUGAACAAAAUUCCCGCUAUCUCAUUUACUGCUGUAUAAUAUAUCACUUUUUUGCCAAUAUUUCAUAUCGGCAUGUCCUCUACAAACCAUAAAAGAACCAGUACCAAAAUGAAAUGCAUGUAAGUUGCUUGUCUGUUUCAAACCAGAAUUCAUGCUUGUGCUCACAGCAAAUUGAUAGUUUUCUCGCUUUUUUUUAAGUAGUUAUGUGCCACAUGUCAGAAUUGUAAUCUCUCCUACUAGUUUUCAUUGUUCAGAAAGGGAGCUUUAUAUUUAUUUUUUAUACAAUAUUUUGUCAUCUAUCCUCACAUUGUUUUCUGGAUUUCCAUUCCUGAAGCUUUCCCUGCUCUCCCUGCCAGUCCCUCUUUUCUUUGUCUCAAACUCAAAGGCAGACGUCACUUCCUAUCUGGAGAAAAUAACAAACCUUACCACAAUAGGAGUGUGUCUCGAUCAAGGGAAAUCAGUCACAUUCCUGCUUCUGUUUUUUUUUUUUUUUUUGUUUUUUGUUUUUUACUGUUCCAGGAUCUGACAUUUCUGUUCAUAUUGAAUAAGGAUCUUAAGGAAAAAAUGAAGAGAACAUUUAAGCUCUUGAGUUUACUGAAUUGUUUAACAGUUACAAAAGGAUUCUCCGACCAUGUGAUUCUGCUUCCAACUUCUUUUGUUGUACUAAAUGUUCCUUAAAUUAGAAUUCCACUCGCACAAUAGCCUCCCUUGUUGAGAGAAGAUUUUCAGUUUUCUUGAACCAAGUAAAGUCGAUAUUGCUGAGUUGAGACAUGAAGUUGUGUGUUAUUGAAUUAUACUAUGUGCUUAUUGCUGUUGACAGAAUGAGAUGUGUGCCAUAUGUUUGUAAUAUUUUCAGGGACUUAAAAAUGGGAUAAAGUGGGAGUCGUGGUUGUAGCAGAGCUGCCACACCCACUGAAGUGGAUCUCCUAAUUUAUUCUUUGAUAAGAGCACCACCUUGUGGACAUGUGGACACUUAAAGAAGACAAUGCUUAGGAUGCGUCUUUGUGUAUUUGUGAAUGUUGUGCAUCAGACAUUUUGUCUACAUCAAACAUAUUUUUUUGUUAAUCUAGGGCUUGUAUGCAAUCUACCAAUCAUGAAUCAACACAUAUGGUAUGUGUUGGCACUUGCUGUAAUGACGUUUUUUAAGUACAACGAAUUAACAGUUGCUUUUACCUACAGCGUCUCAAGAUGUAAUAAACCAUAUCAGCAUUUACACUGUU